CGUUUUCAAGAUGGCGACUCCCUAUGUAACUGACGAGACCGGCGGCAAGUAUAUCGCCUCAACACAACGACCUGACGGAACUUGGCGGAAGCAGCGGAGGGUGAAAGAAGGCUAUGUGCCGCAAGAGGAGGUCCCAGUGUAUGAAAACAAAUAUGUGAAGUUUUUUAAGAGUAAACCAGAACUGCCCCCAGGGCUGAGUCCUGAAGCCACUGUUCCUACCACCCCAUCCAGGCCUGAAGGUGGUGAACCAGGUCUCUCCAAGACAGCCAAACGCAACCUGAAGCGAAAGGAGAAGAGGCGGCAACAGCAAGAGAAGGGAGAGGCAGAGGCUUUGAGCCGGACUCUUGAAAAGGUGUCCUUGGGAGAGACGCCCCAACUCCCUAGUGCCCCACAGGGCUUCUGCGCAGUCCCUACCGCUGCUUCUGACCAGGCCGACUCAGCUGCUACCACUGAAAAGGCCAGGAAGAUAAAGAAUCUGAAGAAGAAGCUGCGGCAAGUCGAAGAGCUGCAACAGCGGAUCCAGGCUGGGGAGAUCAGCCAGCCCAGCAAAGAGCAGCUAGAGAAGCUGGCAAGGAGGAGGGCACUGGAGGAAGAGCUGGAGGACUUGGAGCUCGGCCUGUGAGGCCUUUAGGGAGUAGGGAAUGGACUGCAGAACAAACCAUGGGCUCUCUGGGGUCCUGGGGGAUGUGGGCAGCAGCAGUCAGGAGGGGUACCCCCAUACUGGCUCACUUCUACCUUUUGCUGCCUAACUGUCCUCCAGAGUCUAGCCUUUCCCUUAUUUCUUCUUUUUCUGCCCCCAAUGCCUACUUUUGGACUUUCCCUCUUCCGUUCCUAGUGUUCAAAUUUUCAGUGACAACCCCAGGUACCUUUGCUGCUGGUUUGGGUGUUUAAAAGAAAAUUGGGUGGGUGGGAAUCUCUUAGCUGAGAUUGGGGGUAAAGGGACUACACCCAAAACUUGGAGUCUUGGUUCCUGUUCACAGUGUUUAGGGGUUAUUUUCCCCUCCACCCCCACUUUUUUUCCUUUUUUUUUAAAGAAUGAGAAUAAACUCAAGUAGACAUGUC